AGAGCGAGCGCGCGCCCCCGUCACACUUCGCCAUUUUGAAUCGAAAAUAUGACCGAUUUUCUCUCGACUCGCGUGUGAGCGGCGGAGUCCAGCGACCCGGGCAGCUGCGUGACCCGUCCCUGAGUUCAAAGCGAGAGGUCCAGUGCAGCAUGCGCCGUCCUCUGGGGAGAUAGCCGCUUGUUGAGGGUCGGCGGCGGGAGAGAACUCCGAGGCUGAGCGCGGGGGGAGCGGAGCUUCACAGGCAAACCACCUCGGUUCCUCCGCGCUGCGCAGACACUCCGCUCCACAGCGAGCUGCAGGAGUGUCCUUCUAAGGCGUGUGUUCUGAGGAGGAGGCCCUGGUGGGAAGUGGACCCCAUGCUGAUUAAUGCCAGGACGCUCCGUGCUCUCUGCGUUCUACCACUCAAAUGCCUGUGUGCUUGUGGAGGAGGUGUAAUUAAGGAUUCACUAAUUUCAUCUGCUGUCCUGUGCUUCCUCCUGCAACCGCCACCAUGUUCUGGAAGUUUGAUUUGCACACCACCUCCCAUAUCGACCAGCUGCUGGACAAGGAGGACGUGACUCUGCGGGAGCUGAUGGAGGAGGAAGAUGUGUUGCAGGAGUGCAAGGCCCAGAACCGAAGACUGCUGCUCUUCCUUUCCCAGGAUCACUGCAUGCAGGAGUUGGUCAGCCUCAUCACAGAGGAGCCCCCUUCUGACCUGGAGGAAAAAACACGCUUCAAGUUUCCAAAUAUUGCCUGUGAACUCCUCACUUCUGAUGUUUCCCUUAUUAAUGACAAGCUGGGUGGAGAUGAGUCUUUGCUGGAGAAACUUUAUUGUUUCCUUGAGCAAGACCCACCCCUCAACCCUCUACUGGCCUCGUUUUUCAGCAAGACCAUCGGAAACCUAAUAGCUCGCAAAACAGAGCAGGUGAUUUCCUUCCUAAGGAAAAAACACAACUUUAUCAGUCUGGUGCUGAACCACAUAGAUGCAUCAGCCAUGAUGGACCUACUUCUGCGUCUCAUUAGUUGCGUGGAGCCGGCCCCUCUCAGACAAGAGGUUCUCAAUUGGCUGAAUGAGGAGCGGCUGAUACAGAGGCUGACUGAGCUUAUGCACACAGGGAGAGAUGAAGAGAGACAAUCGAAUGCGUCCCAAACUCUUUGCGACAUCAUCCGUCUCAGUAGAGACCAGGCCAAUCAGAUGCCGGAGGCCAUGGAGCCGGACCCUUUACUGGCAGUCCUAGAGUCAGAGGAGAAUGUGGCGCAGCUUUUGAAAACCAUGUUUGAGGGGGAGAAGAGCGAAGCUUCUGUUGUCAAUGGAACUCAAGUGCUUCUUACAUUACUGGAGACGAGGAGGUCAGGGCUGGAGGGUCUAAUGGAAUUGUAUUCUCAGGGAUGUGAAAGGUCUUACACUGUCAGUGGCAGUAUUCUACGUGCUAUUGAGCCUCAUCUGAAAGACUUCCAGCAACUCCUUCUGGACCCUCCUAAGAAAAGUGCAAUACUCACAACCGUUGGCGUUCUGGAGCAACCGCUGGGGAACGCCCGCCUUCAUGUGGCCAGACUGGUGGCCUCCCUGCUGCAGACCAGUGACCACAGCAUCUGCCAGGAGCUCUGCAGGCUCAACACCAUGGACCUGCUGCUGGAUUUAUUCUUUAAAUACACCUGGAAUAACUUCUUGCACUUCCAAGUGGAGCUGUGUGUGGCAUCAAUUCUGAACCACUCUGCUCACACUGGUCUCCAGACCCCAACUCUUCAGAAUCACGAUCCAGGGUCAGAUGGCCAGAAAGAGGAGGGGACUUCAGUCCAGAAUAGCAGCACAGACCCAGCACACACAUCCAUCCAAGAUGCCUUGGUGGUCAAUCUUUUCCAGCAGUGCCGCUUGGUGCAAAGGAUCCUGGAUGCCUGGGAGGAGAACGACAGAAUUCAGAUUGAUGGUGGCACCAGAAGAGGUAACAUGGGGCAUCUGACAAGAAUUGCCAACACUGUGGUUCAGAACCUGGAGAAAGGACAGGUGCAGUCCCAAAUUAGUGAUCUAAUUAAAGAACUGCCUGAGGACUGCAGAGGGCGUUGGGAGAGUUUUGUUGGGGAAACCCUGAGAGAAACGAACAGGAGAAACACUGUGGAUCUGGUGAGCACGCAUAACAUGCAUUCUUCCAGUGAAGAUGAUGACAUGGAGAGCCCCUUCCCCAAUGAUCUGUCUAUCCAACAGGCAUUCUCUGAUUAUCAGAUCCAACAAAUGACUGCCAACUUUGUCGAUCAGUUUGGCUUUAAUGAUGAGGAAUUCAGUGAACAUGAUGAAAACAUCAAUGCCACUUUUGAUCGUAUUGCUGAGAUUAACUUUAAUAUUGAUGCAGAUGAUAACAGUGCCAAUGCUGCUGCCUUUGAGGCAUGUUGUAAAGAGAAAAUACAGCAGUUUGAUGACUGUGAAGAGGAAGAAGACAUUUGGGAGGAUAAAGAGAUAAACUAUGCAACUCAAGUGAAAUCCCGGUCUAGGUUUGGGGUGUCUUUGUCUUCAGACGGCUCACCUAAGGGUCCUGUGAGGAAUGGGCAGCGGGGCCGCGGGUCGGCCUCGGAGGAAGAGGAAGAAGAGGAAGGAGCAGUUCAGCCCUCCACACAAACAGCAACUAGCAAGAAAACAGGGUCACCACAGACACAACAGAGUCCUGGCUGGACAGCAAGCUUUGGUGAGGCAGAGGAUGGCUCCUCUGGUUCCUGGGCCUCUGCCCCUGAGCAGGGUAAUGAGGAGCAGCGGGGCACUGGUUGGGCCAACUUCACUGAGUUUCAGCCUUUCUGCAGCAGCACAGAGUCCACUAAUUCGGAAAGUCGUCCAGAGCAAAACCAAGAGAAAAAAGGCACAGGGGAAUGGGAAGGUCGAAAGGCUCCUCUUGUAGCUUCAGACAGCAGCUCCUCUGGGGGCUCCGACAGUGAAGAAGAGGCAGGAAAUGACAAGACUGAGGGCUCUCCCAAGGCCCCUACCAGUCAGAAAGCUGUAACCCAGAGUGAGGCACCUUCUGAAUCUAUGGAGAAGCUCACUAUUACAGAUGGGUCUCCGAAGAUCACAGAGUCUGCAACAACUACAGAGGCUGAGGCACCCAAAGGAGAUUCAGAAAACACCACUGUGACAGACAAGAGAGUUGAUGCGCCCUCUGAAAUCACACCUAAUGGACCGAUCUGAAGGCUGUUAUUUUAAAGCCAGACAAAAGCCUGGUCAAACCCACUUUUGCCGCUUCCAUUCUUAACCCCCAAAACCUCAAUACCACUUUUGGUGUUAAAAAUAAAUGAUGCUGCCAUGUUUAUUGGACCUGGAUACUGCCAAUCAGCACCCGCCAUUGCAGGAAGAGGAGGCGAGGGGCACGUAACACAACCAGUAACCAGAACAGUGCUCAGAGGAGUUAGUCUUUUUAAUCCUUUUAACUUUGUAUGAAAUAUGCACAGUUUUAAUGUAGCAGUGAUCUUUCAGUUACUGGAUCAUUAAGGAUUGUUCUAUGAAUUUAAUUUUUUCCCCCUCUUUAUUCAUUUGUGAGCUUUCACGUGCAAGCAGACCGUUGAAACUGGGAUAUAAAGGCGCUCACAUAGGAAUGCACAGGUUUCUUAAAUUCUUCAGUAAUUAUGCCUCAACAGGUUCUGAAUCAAGUUCAAAACAUUGCUUAAUGAGCACUUAUGCAAGCAUUCACUGUAUCUAAGCACAACUCAAAAGUAUUAUUUAAAUCUUUGUCCUUAUAAAAUAGUGCCCCAAUAAUUUCCUUGAUAAUUUUUUAAUUAAAACCUAUUUCCCCUCUCUAAAAACGAAUCAAAUAAUCUAGCAGAAUCCAACAGAUAUUUGAGUGUUUUCAAGUGCUUUGGGGUGUUUUUCUUUUUUUUUUUUUUAAGAGGGGGUUCUGGGUUAAUAUUCCAAAUCUGAAAUUGUCACUGCUUCUCCUCAUUGUGUGCAAUAAUGAAAAUUUUGCUGUUUUAUUUAAAUUUUGAUCCAUUUGAUAAUCUAGCAUUGAUAGUGGAGCGUACUUUUUUUUUUUUUGCAUGCAGAGCAUUAUAAAUCAAGCAUAUAACAAACAUCUGGUUUCUUUUGGCAUCUUUUGUAGGCUGUCCGCUAACACUGAAUUGUCUUUCCACCACCCCCCCUAAAUUGGCAGACUUUCUGCCUGUAUGUAUUUUCUCUAAAUGUUUAACAGAUUGGCACGUCUCCUAAAAAGCACUUUUUUGAGAUACACAUGUUUAUUACAUCAGCCUUAAGUUGCAACUCUUUCUAAAUCAAUCAUCACAAUCAUAGGAAGGAAAGAAGUUGCCCUACUUACAGUCUUUCUUUAUGUAAAUAAAUUGUUCAUUCUUCCUGUAUGUUCACAGCAAAGUACACAUUUCAACUAGAGCUAUUUUGUAUACCACAAGCACGUGCAAGACAGUUGGAAGUAUGUUAUACUGUCCUUGAUCUUUGCAAGGACAAUGCUUGGUCCCCUAAGCACAGACUGGUGUUAAAGCAAUUGCUCAUUUGAUUGUCUCCUUACAGUUUGUCUAUCGCUAUAGUACGCUCAUUUGUCAGUGCUUCACCGUGGCCAUCACCAUCAUUUAUUUCUGGAACAUUUGGUCUGUUUUGGUUCAUCAUAUCACAACUUUGUUUUAAGAUGGUACCAAAUCUGUUGGAAUACAGAAUAGGGAUUUUGCAUUAUUUAUUUAUGCACUUAACAAGGUGUGUUAAUGUUGAAACCUGUGCACCUUUAAUGCAGUGUAACAGUCAUUGUAAGUUCUCAAGUUCUCUGCCUCGGGCGUAUGAAGCCUCAGUCGACUCUGCUUUCUAUAUCUGACAUUUUCAAUAGGUUGAUUUCCAAAGCCAAAAGUAUGUGAUGCCUUCUUUUCUUUUUCUGUAUACUGUUCUAAAGAAUCUUAUUUUUCACUUUAACCAACAUUAUUUUACAUAUUGUAGAGAUUCUAAUUUAUGUGAUCUUCAGCAACCAAAAUACUGCUUUCAACUGUUCAAUUUUGUUCCUGUGUCUGGACUGGUUCUGUGUGUAGAUUUUUUUUAGACCAUUAUAAUAGUCUUCGCAACACAGGCUUUACCCCCGUGUGCUAAUCUAUAAAAGAAGACUUUUUUUUUUCUCUGAAUUGUAGCAGGUCAUGAAUUUCUCUGGACGGUGGCAGUAAAUUAGUUUCAAUUAGCUUCUUAAUUUCUUUUUUUAAUCUGAAGUCCUGAUGCAGCAAAGGUUGUGAACUGAAUUGUUUAUAACCUUGAUCAGUGUUUCUCUUUCCUGGUCCUGUAAUAGCACAACCCUGAACACUGUAAUGUGUUUGCCACAACAAAAAAUGCUGUGUGUGGUUAAUGUUUGAGAAUGUUAAACACUAAAUCAGGCCAGGGUCAUUUCAAGACCAGGAUUAGGAACCAGUGCCAUAAGUGUGUAAUCAUCACUGGGUAAUUCAUUAUUUUGCUCAGUGUAAAGCUCCUUCAGACCUGUAGUUCUGGCACCAGCAUUGCAGUUAACAAGUUGAGUGCAUGAGUAAUACUGAGAAGGGAAGUAUUGUUAAAAUUCAAAUUUCUGUUGUGGACAGCUUUUAGUAUUCUACUGUUUUGUCAUUUCUUCUAUGCUUUAAGAUUAUUGUACAAGUAUAGACCAUGCAUAUUUCUGAAAUGACGUAAUGAGGAUUGUAAUGGUCUCUACCCUAGAGUCAUCUUAAUAGUACUUAUUUUAUUUUCCAGCUACAGCAGGAUGUUUUAAUGACCCUGAGAACACCCUGAGUUAAUUUUUAAGAAGAAAAGAACCGAGACAAAUGAGAAAGUACCAGGUUGAGGCUGAAGAUGCACAUUAUUCCCAAAGCCACAAAUUCUGAUUGAUUAUAUUUGCAAACAUGAAAAAAAAAGAAUUCAAAAGAAAGAAUAAAGGCAUAUUUCAUUUGUGUAUAGACUGGGUCUAUACAUGGCAGUGUUAACUGUAACUGUAUCUAUAUUUUGCUAGAUAUUUUUUCAGAUUUGUUUGAAAAGAUUGUUCAAUAUCAGAAAUGGAAUAAAUCUGUCAUAAUGAGAGUUGAA